AUGUCAGCCUGGUCCUCUUCCACUGGCAAGGCGCAGUUAUCAUAUGCUGACCGACUUCGCCAGGCUUCCAAGUCGUCCUCGACCACAAAACAGGAUCCUCCUUCCUCCUCUGGAUUCGCCACUCGCGCUGUUGCAAAGGACGCCAUCAAACCUCCUUCUUCCUCUGUGUCGUCGAGUGCUGCUGUCAUUCCAUCGGGCAGAUUAUCCAGCCCGUCCCCUGUCAGUCUUGCUGCUGCUGCUUCUGGUAGCGCAUCGAAUGCAUCUGUUAGUUCGCUGCCCACCAAAACGACUUCUGCCUCCGCCGAGUCAAUCGCUAUCCCCAACGCAGGCGGCGGCGGUCCUACCCUCAAUGUCUGGGAGGCACGUCGCAAGCAGCUUGCCGAUCGCGAGGCCGAGAAGGAACGAGAGCGUCGAUCAACGCUGGCGCACCAAAAGCAGGCACCGCCAGUACCUUCGACGUCGGCAGCGUCAAAUGCUGCUGCCGCUGGCAACAAGUCCAAACAACCAGCCACCGAACCCAAGAAAGCUAACGAGCGUCAAUUAAAAGGUUCGAGCACUUCUAGUCAAUCAGACCGAAAAUCCUCUAAACCGGCCACUCAACCCACCAGCCGUGCGUCAAAUGCCGUACCAAUAUCGUCAACCUCGGCGACGCCCUCCACACCACCAGCCUCAGCGCAGACAGCGGAAAAGACAAACGCGUCGACAACUGUACCCAAAGUCAAAGUCGCAUCUUCGCCUAAGACUGCCACUGCCGACCAUCAUUCUGCUGAAGAGGCUGAUUCUGCAGACAGACCAGCUGAGCAGUCUGCUUCGACCCAACCGUCGCAAUCACCUAGCUCGAGCAACAAGGCGCAAAAGUCAAAGGCAGACGACAAGAUCAAGCCAUCUGAUGCUGUGGAUGAUUUCCCAAGGCAAGCCAAAGCAGCAAAUGCUUCCACGCAGACCCAGACUGCAGCGGCUCAAGUGCUGCCCUCCUCGGCCCUGUCAGUGCAGCUUUCUUCCGCACCUCAGCCCAGCCACGAUGACAUCCCCGGAAGUCCUGUGACGGUGGCAUCUGCCAUUGAAGAGGUUCUCAAGAACGGUGGUGCUCAAGGCGGCCAAACCGAGGACGACGAUGCGUGGCUUGCCAGAAUCCAUCUUUUGAAUGGUGGCCAGAACAUGCCCAACUUUGGUGGCUUUGGACCCAACGGAGCGUCAGCGCUCAGCGAAGAAGCGGAAGCGCAGGCGGCUAAAAAGGCAGAACGUGCUGUGGCGGCAGCAUGGGGCGUCGGAAAGAGUGUCUGGAACAAGUCGCAGCAAAACCGAGCGGAUGCUGGUAAAGACACUACAGCCGCCCCGUCGUCGGGGGACGCAGUUAAGGGUGCAGCUUCUCGGAGCACUGCUAACAUUGCCUCUGCCAAUGACGACAACGGCAACUCCGCGCCAAGUCCUGCUUCGGUCGCUCCAAACGGCGUUGGCAGCGGAAGCGACGAGAUGCAAUACUCUGCAGACACGGCAUCUCAGAAACAGGCUAUUACGGACGAGAAAGCUGAAAAUUGUGACGCUGAUGCCUCGCCGACCAAGAAAGUAACCGGCUCGAAAUCACGUGUGCCUGCGGAGCAACAAAAGCAAGGUAAAGGCUCAGCAAAGACAGCUGCCGCCAGCGUGCCGCCGUUCGAAGACGUCAACAAUUGGCCUAGCCCGCUAGAUGCUGGCAAGAAGCCCACUGAAAAGGCGAGGUCACCAGCCGCCACUGGUGAUCAUAAUAAGGUGGAGUCAACUAAGACGCAGUCAAAGACACCAAAGAGCUUGUAUGAGACGCUUGGCGAGUUGCAAGUCAGACUUGCACCCGGCGCUAGUCCACAGCAGGCUGGAGGUGCCGCCGGAGCUAGGAAAGGAAAACAGCAAUGGGUUUCCAUCUUACCCGAAAUCACGCACACGGCGUCGACUUCGGGUGCCAAGCCCAAUCGACCUACGUCUGAACCUAAGGGGGCCAAGGGCGGCAAUAAGCAGCCGCAAAAACAGCAGCCGCGCAAGGACGGGAACAAGGGCUCUGGCCAGACACAGCAGGGAACCCAAAACGAGAAGAAAGACGGAGUCAACAAAGCGAAGUCCACUCGAGGGGAGGACAAGGCACAAGCGAGGGGUGCUACGGCCGAGGUUACAACAAGCACGAAGUCGGCCGAAUCUCGCGGUCAGCCAGUGUCUCAGGGUGACAAGGUCGACUCGGGGCCCAAGUCAACGACGACCGGUCGAGCAGCCUCGUCGGGCACGGAGCAGGCGUCCGCGCAACCGACCGCAGGGUCUGGGCAAACGCAGAUGACCUCGGCUGCUGCGUCUUCGCCAAUCGCACGGGGCGAGUCGCCGUCCAAACAGCUGCAGCAGCACACACGCACCCACUUCCGCGCGCAACCCAACGGCAUCUCUUCAUCGUUACAGCCACAGCCACAGCCAAAUGGGUUUAGAUUGCCCAAGAGCGCUCCAUCCUCUUCUGGUGCUGUUACGCCCAUCACCAACCGCAGUUCGCCGCGUGGCUCUGUGGCAUCUUCCCCAAAAGUGCACGCUCUGCCGCGUGGCACACCACAGGCUGUGCACGAGUUUUCGGCGCCGUCCGGCGCUGCAACGCCGCCGCCGCCACCGCCGCUUUUCUAUGGCCCGUCCGGCGUAGCUACACCGAUGCUUUCGUCUAACGCGCCGCCUCCUGCGUCGUGGCUACCGUACAAUGCCUACGCCCGGCCUCCGGCGUUUUUGUUCGACACGACGACGCAGACAGGCGCACCACUGCCCUCUGGCGUCUUGGGACAGCUACUGGGACAGAUCGAGUUUUACUUCUCGCAACAUAACUUGCAGGGUGACUUCUUCCUCAGGCAGAAGAUGGACGGUCAAGGGUGGGUCGAGAUCAAGGUGGUGGCAGGGUUCAAGCGGGUACUGGCAAUAACGGCGGAUCUGGGCAUGGUCAAGGAUGCCUUGCUGUGCAGUGCGGUGUUAGACGUUGACGAGGAGAGAUUGAGGGUGAGAAGAAGGUUUGGAUGGGAGUUGUUUACUCUGCCCACGUCGAUGGCCGAGAGGUUAGAGCGGCCAGGUGAGAAGGGUGAGGACAAGGAGGCGGAUGUGGAGGAGGAGGAGGAGGCGCUUGGCGUUGUGAGCGCUUCUGGUUUCGGCGGAACACUCGAGGCGUGA